AUGGAACUGCUCGCCAAGCGCGGUGAGAAGAUGCCAGUGGCUGUGCGCGGCUCAUUGGACACGGCCAUUGCGCUUCGGGAUGAGGCCAACGCCUUCUACCGCGCAAUUCAGGCGGCCGAGGAGCAGCAGAAGCGACACUGGUACGUUUGCCGCCUCCUGCGCCAGUUCCGCCGCCUGUUCUCGCCGCGCGCAUCGGCACAGCCACCGACCGAAGCGACCUCGGCAGCCGCGCCGUCUUCGAGCCCGGUGGGCUUCGAGGCACUCGCCAUCGAGACAGCCGACAACGAAUCUCCCUCGGACGACAACGAAUCUCCCUCCGAGGCAGAGCAUGCGGCAGAUGUGGCAGAUGUCGACGCCGCCUCCACGGAGGAGGCCGACCCCGUCUUCGCAUUCGCCUGCCUGCUGGCCGACGCCGUGCGCACGCGGCAGGAGGUGCGCAAGGUAUGGGCGGAGUGGGCGCCUGCGGCCGACCACGGGGCGACGCUGCUCGGCGCGGCGAGCGAGGCGGCGUUCGCGGUGGUGAAGCUCGAACGGAUCGUCAAUCAGCAUCAGCUCACGCUCGGACUGCCCGACACCGACCUCAGCACGCUUGCGGUGGCGGCGGCGCCACGCGUCCAGCUGCGGCAGCUGAAGGCCAAGCCAGAGCUGAACGGCCGCUGCGGCACCCUCGGCACGCGCGAUGCGCAGAGCGGCCGCUACGCCGUCACGAUCGACGGCGCCGCCGCGGGGUCGCCGCCGGUCGAGCGCGCCGUCGCCGACUUCGACUUCGACCGCGAGCCAGCGCACUGCAUGCUCGCCGACGAGCUCGGCCAGCUGCCUGCCGACCCGUCGGCACUGCUGCAGCUGUGGGCGAGCCAUGGCGCGCUGUGGCAGUGGGCGAACUACGCACACGGCAUCGGAGGGUACGGCGCGAGCGAGACGCUGUGGCGGUCGACGACGGCCAUGCGCGAGCUCCGCUUCCUUCGCGUCGCCAGCCGCGCAGCUCUCGCGUCGGCGCCGAUCGAAGACGAUGUCGCGCUCAGCCAGGCACUCCGGACAGAGCUCGAUGCGCUCGACAUUGCCCUAGAGAACGCGCCGGCGGCGCAGUCGUGCGUGUGGCUGGCAGGCGACUUGCUCGAUCUCGGUGGGCGCAUCGCGGCGGGCACGACGACGGCAAAGGUGGUCUGGCGGCACAAGUCUCACUUGCUUGUCAUGGUGCACGUGUACCACGCGUUGCGCUGCUGCGGCCGGCUGCGUGCGAUCGGCGAGGUGGACGCGCUCGUGCGCAUGUUCCGCCGCGCCGUCUUCUUCCGGACGGAGACGCUGCCGCAGCGCGGCGGCUUCGCCACCGCCCUCGCGCUGUCCAUCGGCGCGACCGCCAGCUCGGUGCGGCGCGGUGCGCCCGAGCUGCGGCACGGGCGUAUCCUCGAGUACACAGGCAUCAACCCCGCCGAGUGGUCCAUGCUGCGCCACGUCGGCGUGUUCGCGGGCGCCGGGCUCGACGUCGGCGCCGAGGUCGACUUCCAGGCAACGGCCCGCGAGGAGGUGGCCGUGCUCUACCGCGCACCGACGCUCGCUGGCGCGCUCAAGCUGCUGCGAGUGGACCGCGCGAUGCGGCUGGCGGGCGUGCGCGCGCCGCUCGUGCUCCGCGAAGCCGACGAGGGCAGCGCGACGGGCAGCGCGCUUGCGAGUGCCGUCAGCUGCUGGGAGCAGCUGUUCCCAGGCUGCGGCUGUCAGCCACCGGCACCGCCGGCAGCGGUACCACUGGAGUUCAGCAGCUACACACAGGUGGCGCCGGUCGAGGGCCAGAAACUCGGCACGAGCAGCUACGUCUCGACAGAGGAGCGACUUACCAGAGCGCAACUCACGCAGAGGUACAGGGACGGGAUCGCACGCGCGAGGGAGGCACGGUGA